CGCAAAAUGUUACAAUCAGUGAUAAUACCUCUAAUUUUAUCGAGCGCUUCUGCCGUCCAAUUCGAAAUCGUCAACAAAGAAAUCGGAGCAGUAUGGGUAGGAAUCCAAGGAAACAGCGGCAAAGAAGCCUUAGCUAACGGUGGUUUCAUCCUCCAAGCCGGAGCCUCGCAAACGAUCGACGCGCCUGAAGAUUGGGCCGGCCGCUUUUGGGGCAGAACCUGGUGCGAUCCAAACACUCAUCAUUGUCUAACAGGCGACUGCGGCGAUAGAAUCGAAUGCGCCGGAAAUGGCGGCGCCCCGCCCGCCUCUUUGGCCGAAAUCACCCUCAAAGGAUCCGGAGGAUUGGACUACUACGAUCUAUCGCUCGUCGAUGGAUUCAAUUUAGCCAUUAGCUUUGAGCCUGUGGGAGGGAGCGGCGACGGGUCGGCCUACAGUUGCAGGAAAGCCGCCUGCGAGCGGCACCUCAACGACGACUGUCCGGAGCCUUUGCGGCUGAGCUCAGAACACGGAGCGGUGGGCUGUAAAUCGGCUUGUUUGGCUUUCAAUACGGACCAAUAUUGCUGCAGGAAUGCCUACAGCACGCCCGAAACGUGCAGGAGCUCCACAUGGCCGGUGGACUAUCCGGAAUUCUUCAAAUCCAGGUGUCCGGACGCGUACAGUUAUGCUUACGACGACAGGAAGAGCACGUUCACUUGCAAAGCGGAAAAAUAUAUCGUCACAUUCGGUUUCUAAUGAUACCUCUGCAAGACUCGUUUACUAGUUUUAUUCGCAUAGCCCUCGUAGAUAUACUUAGAGAAAGCAAGCAUACGAGGGGUGUUUGAUAUUAAUAUUGUUUUGUAUUUUAAAAACCAACUACAAUAAAUCUAUUCUAAGCCAAUUAAUUAGAG